AUGCCUGGUCUUUUGUCUCCAGAUGAAGCGGCUGCCAGCCAUGCCGACCUCGUUCGAAUCCCGAGCAUCGUCUUCUUCGCCGUGACACCCAUCUUUGUCGCCAUCAGAUUCUGGAAUCGUAUCUACAGGAGAACAGGGCUGGGAUGGGACGAUUACACAGUUUUAGUGUCAUUUUUUUGUACGCUGCUGGUGCAAAUAUUCAUGAUGAUUUCAUGUAACUAUGGGUUUGGCAAACAUAUCAAGACCUUAUCGGUCCCAGACAAGCUGGCUGCUCUCAAGUGGUUCUACGUUGCGCAAAUCUUCUACAAGCUCACCAUCGGCCUGACCAAAAUGUCCAUUGUCCUCUUGUAUCUGCGAAUCUUUGUCCAGAGGUGGUUCCGCAUCUGCUGCUACGUCCUGCUGGGCAUCGUUACGGCAUACGCCAUUGCCAGCACGCUCGUGUCCAUCUUCCAAUGCAGCCCGAUCACUGGAGCCUGGGACAAGUCGUCCAAUCCUACAUGUGUCAGUCUGACGCAAAACUGGUACGCCAAUGCCGGCUACUCCAUCGCCACCGACGUUUUGAUCUUGCUGCUGCCGAUGCAGCCCAUUUGGGCAAGCAAACUGCCCCUUAGCCAGAAGAGGGCCUUGAUGUUUGUCUUUGCUCUUGGUAGUUUUGUGACUGUGACAUCCAUCAUGCGUGCCACUACUCUCAACUUCUCGACCACUAGCCCUGAUACGACUUUUGACAUUGCCUCGACUCUGUGGACCAUUAUCGAAGAAAAUGUGGCCAUUAUCUGUGCCUGCCUGCCCAUGUGCCGUAUCGUCCUGGCCUUCCUCUUCCCCCAGACUUUC